AUGGAGAGUGAAAAACCAAAACAUUACGGUUUUGCGAAAACGUCGUUUCCGAUUGGAGCUAGGAAAAAGCUCACAAAUGAUGGCGGAGGCGCGAACAGUGCUGAUUUAAAAGUAGGUGGACAUAGUGUUGCUACGAAACCGGGAAAUGAGCAAUGGACUGCACAUUUUGUAAAGACGGAAGGAGACGACGAAUCAAGUAAAUCGCAAAAAACAACGCCACCUGUAGGAACUUCUUCGCUAGCGACAUCGUAG